UGCACGGUCACACACAGUUGACUCGUUGUGUGUAAAGUCAGCCACGAAAUGCAAGUAAAAAUACGACCCAACUACAAACUCAUCUUUGUGUCAUUCUUCUUCCUUGUGACGGCACUUCUAGUAUUUUUGUCUUUUCACGAUGCUUCAUUGUUUAGCUGGAACUCAAAUAAAGAAACUGACAAGAACAAACUCGUGUCCUUCCGUCAAGAUUAUCAACCAUUUGAUGAUGACGUGUACAGCAGUGCCAUUAAUAUUGGCAUUGACAAUGUUGAUGAUGAUGUUAGCAAUAAUAAUAUCUUAAACUGGUUGCAGGAAGAUAAGCAACUCGCUGCCAACAAGGAUGACUUUUAUGGAGUGAUGUUUGAUGCUGGCAGUACUGGAAGUAGGAUACAUGUUUAUCACUUUAGAAACCGUUCGCAAGGAAAGCCACCAUUACUGAAAUCAGAAGUCUUCAAUAACACCAAGCAUGGACUGGCAGAUUUUGCAGAUUCGCCAAAAGAGGCUGUAGAGGUCGUUCGUAAUCUACUAGACAUUGGAAUGAAGAGUAUCCCAACAGAGUUAUGGUCGUCAACCCCAGUAGCCCUUAAAGCUACUGCUGGACUAAGACUAAUCCCUCCUGAGAAAGCACAGCGCUUACUGGAUGGUGUCUAUGAGCUACUUUUACAUUCAGGUCUUCACACGGAGAGUAAAAAACAUACUGUGGCUAUAAUAGAUGGAAUACAUGAAGGGGAGUUCAUCUGGCUAACAGUCAACUUCCUUAGAGGAGUUCUGGGGUCAUUGGAUCAUGCCACUAACACCAUGGGGGUGUUGGACCUUGGUGGAGGGUCGACACAGAUAACAUUUGCACCUCGGUUUGAGGAAACAAUCUUGCAAGGGAUGCCACUGGGAUUGAUCAAGACAUUCCGAUUUAUGAAAGAGUCUUUCCAACUCUACACACACAGUUACCUUGGCCUUGGACUUAAGGCAGCUCGCCUGGGGACCAUGAAACUUGAAGAGCAGAAUGAGACUUCACAUAUUACCAGUACUACUACUCAUUUAAAUGAUUACUCAAGGAGCAACUUUUCCACCGUGUGUCUUCCAGCCAACAUGAAGGCUGAUUGGGACUUUGCUGGUACAUCGUACACUGCAUCCUCAUCCAACAGCCAAGAAGUGAAUAAUUUAUUCAACAUUUGCUCCAAGGUCACCAAGCAAUUCAUGGCUGAUCAAGUCUUCAGGCCAAGUGAAAUCCAGAACCGCAGUUUCUAUACUUCUUCAUACUUCUUGGGAAAAGGGGUUGAGAGUGGUCUCAUAGAUAGAGAGUUUGGAGGGAUUAUUCAAGUUAAGGAGUUCGGAACAGUUGCUAUAAAAGCUUGUGGGGACUUUGAUGCUGCUAACCCAUUUCUAUGCAUGGACUUGGUCUACAUAAAUACCUUACUUACCCAUGGUUAUGGCUUCAAUGCUGAUACAGAGCUAGUGAUGAGUGAACAGAUCCGUGGAUUUGACAUAAGCUGGGCAUUAGGUGCAACCAUUGACCUUCUUCAUACACACUGGGACAACACUGGACAUUUAUAAUACAGUGCAACCAUUGACCUUC